GUUCUGGUCGUCUUUUACCGGACUGUAGAAGGACUGAAGGAGAAAGCGAUUGCGGCGGAGAGGGAGAUCGGAAAUUCAUCUUUAUUGCUGUGAAGACAAUACAGUUUGAUCUAUGGAAGCUGUAGAAAAAGUCGAAGAAACUAUCCCAGGCAAUUCGUCAAGAUUAGCUGGAAAUCCCAACUGGGGAACAGCAACUGUUGUUGGGAUUUUUGCUGGAAUGCUCUAUGGAGGGAGCAAAGAGGCUUCUGCUUCUGUGAGCAAGGAUGCAGAAGUGAUGUUGAAGAUGGGUAGUACACAGGAUAAGCGAGAACAACACAGAUUGAUGCGAGAUGCAAUGGAGAAAAGAUUCACCCGAGUAACUCGUGGCUCUCUCAUUGGAGGGAUGCGCCUUGGAAUGUUCACCGCCUCAUUCUUUAGUCUUCAAAACUUUUUAGCUGAGACGCGAGGAGUUCAUGAUGUGUUCAAUGUCGUAGGAGCUGGUUCAGCUACAGCUGCAGUAUUUGGCCUAAUCAUGCCGGGGUCACUUGCUUGGCGCGCGCGGAAUGUGAUGCUCGGUUCAGUUCUUGGAGCUACAGUCUGCUUCCCUCUUGGUUGGUUACAACUUAAGCUCAUGGAGAAAGCAAAUGAACGCAACAAAGAAGAUACGAGCCACCAUGGCGAGGUCACGAGUGGUGUUGGUGCAGCUAUUGAGAGACUCGAACAACAGUUGAGAAAAUAAGAAAGGGCACACAGACAGUUUUGUACGCUAAAUUCACUUCUGGAUCUUGUCUAAAGCCCAACGGGAAUAAGAUUACGAACAUAAACAUCAUGCUAUUGUGUAAUUGUUUUCUGAGUAUACAAUAUAAAACGUUGAUGGGUUUCUACUCUUAA